AUGGGCUCCCAGUUGCUGCAGAUCCUGCGCCAGGGCGUGUGGGCGGCUUUGAGCGGCGGCUGGUACCAAGACCCGCACCAGGGCGCCGGGGUCAACGCGUUGCACCUCUACCUGUGGCUCUUCCUGCUUGGCUUCCCUUUCACGUUAUACAUGGCUCUUCCUUCUUCCAUGUUGAUAGUAGCAAUUUACUGCCCAGUGAUAGCAGCUCUCUUCAUUGUUCUGAAGAUGAUAAACUACCGUCUUCACAGAGCACUUGAUGAAGGUGAGAUUGUGGAGAGAAAUGCCAGUGAGCAUAUGGACAGGAGUGCAAAAGCAGAGCAGAAUAACUCUUCUACCAAGAGACGGGACAGUAACGGACCCAGUGAUCCAGGGGGAGGGAUUGAGAUGUCAGAGUUUAUUCGAGAAGCCACACCUCCAGUAGGAUGCAGUUCUCGAAAUUCUUUUGCUGGCCUAGAUCUAAAUAACCAGAUUGGAUCAGGUUUAUCUCGUCAUGGAACUGCAGCUACCAUUAAAGGUGAUACAGACACUGCAAAGACCUCUGAUGAUAUCAGUCUGAGUCUGGGACAGAGUUCUAGUCUUUGUAAAGAAGGGAGCGAAGAGCAAGAUUUGGCAGCUGAUCGGAAGACUUUUCAUCUGAUCUCCGUUGAUUCCUUUGUGUCCAUUCAGCCCUCAUUGUCAACUGCACAGGAGCUAUCAAGAGACAGCACUGAUAAAGUGUGCCUUCCUAAUCAGCAUUUAGAUCCUUCUGUGUCUAAUGCAUGUGACACUGAAAUGGCUUCUCUUGUCUCUUUGCAUUCACACUCCUAUAGGAAAGAUCAUAGACCACGAGGUGUGCCAAGGACUUCCAGUUCAGCAGUUGCAUUUCCAGAUGUAUCACUAAAUGACUUUCCUCUCUAUCAGCAAAGGCGGGGGCUGGAUACUGUCAGUGAACUAGAAGCUUGCAAGCCUCGAACAGGAUCCAAAGAAUCAUUAGCUGAGAACUCAUGUAUUUCUGGUGUAUUUCAACUAGAUGAUAUUCUAAAAUGUAGUAGUCCACAACUGCUAGUCAAAAGCGGCAAGAGUAAAUCUUUACAAGCAGAUAAAAGUGUGGAUAGCCUGAGAAGCCUGAGUACAAGAAGUAGUGGCUCAACAGAGAGUUACUGUAGUGGAACUGAUCGUGACACCAUCAGUACCAUCAGCAGCUAUAAAAGUGAGCAGACAAGUUCUACUCAUAUAGAAAGCAUGUUGUCAGAGCAUGAAGUGUCACCUAAAGAGGAGAAGAAAAGCAGCAAGAAAAAAAACUACACCGUUGAUUCUGAUGACUGUCAUAUUGCUCCUAACAAAAGGAUGAGUACGGAAAGAACUAUAGCUGAAACUAACACCAGCAGUUGCAUUCAAGCAGAAGAAUGCCUGAAUGCAUCAGAGGAGAUGCACAAUCAGAGGGCCCUUAGUACCUCUGCUUCAGAAGAAGCAAAUAAGAAUCCUCAUGCUAACGAACUAACAACACAAACAGAACAGUCUCCCCGAAACCCUACCGUGAAAAGAGAUGAACAUAAAGAGAAAUCUUCCAUGGUUGACUCAAGAACUUUUAAGGAAAUGGUAGAAAAGCAGAAAGAGGGGGAUGUGCGACCUAAAUCAUGUAGCUUAAUCCAUCGGACAGCUUCAGCUCAAAAAUCCAGCAGGAGAAGGACAGGGAAAAAACGGGCUAGUAGUUUUGACACAAGUCGACACAAAGAAUAUAUUUCCUUCCGAGGGGUAUCUUCUACCAAGCCCCACAGUACAGGUUUUUGCCAUGAUGAAGACUCAAGUGAUCAAAGUGAUUUGAGCCGAACUUCAAGCAUGCAGUCAGCCCACCAGUUCAGCAGUGAUAGCUCUUCCAGCACAACUUCUCAUUCAUGCCAGUCUCCUGAGGGAAAAUUCAAUGCCCUAAAGACAAAAUAUAUUGCCAAAGAGAGAGGCACAGACUUGGAAAAUUCCUACAAAAUUCACUUGGGCACUGAUGCAAUUGUCAAAAAGCAUUCAACCCGACAGACUCACAGUACAAACAGUGCCAAGAGUCGUACCAGGGUGUUAAGCUUGGAUAGUGGUGCAGUAGCCUGUUUGAAUGAUCCAAAUCUAAUGAUGCCAGAUACAAUAAAACAAUUAACAACUUCUAAAUCUGACUUAGAGGCCAAAGAGGGAGAAGUGCUUGAUGAGCUAUCUCUGUUGGGAAGGGCUUCACAACUAGAAUCAGUCACUCGCUCUAGAAAUAGCUUACCAAACCAGCCUAUGUUUACUGAAAGAGAAGAUCAGGAGAAGGGAAGCAUUGCAGCACAAGCCAAUGAGGAAGCAGUCACAGUUCGGCGUGAACGCAGCACAUUUAGGCGUCAGGCAGUACGGCGCCGUCACAAUGCAGGGAGUAACCCUACCCCUCCUUCAUUGCUCAUCGGCUCUCCCCUCAGCCUUCAAGAUGUUCAGCAAGGGCAGCAGUCCACAGCCAAAGUCAAAGUCCAGUCACGCCCCCAUUCCCAGGCAGCAGUGCUCAGCGCUAGCACCUCCUUGCUGAUGAGAAAUGGGAGUGUCCAGUUAGAAGCAACACAUGACAGUGCAUCUGCUGUCGGCAGCAGCAGUUUGCACAAUGAACUUGGUAAGUUCAGUUCAACACUCUAUGAAACGGGGGGCUGCGAUAUGUCGCUUGUGAAUUUUGAGCCAGCUGCAAGAAGAACAUCUAACAUCUGUGAUACGGAUUCUCAUGUCUCAAGUUCUACCUCAGUUCGUUUUUAUCCACAUGAUUUACUUUCCCUCCCUCAGAUCAGACUGAACAGACUGUUGACCAUAGAUACCGAUCUUCUGGAGCAUCAAGACAUGGACCUGAGUCCUGAUCUGCAGGACCAUCUACAACAACAAGAGGAGCCAUCGCAAAAAGUGAAACAUUAUUAUCGCUUUUGGAUCCUACCCAAAGUCUGGAUUGGCAUCAAUUUUGAUAGAUUGACUCUUUUGGCUUUGUUUGACAGGAAUCGUGAGAUCUUGGAAAAUGUAUUAGCUGUCAUCCUAGCUAUCCAAGUGGCUUUUCUAGGUUCUAUACUCCUUAUAGAAGGCUUCUUCAAGGACAUCUGGGUCUUCCAAUUUUGUUUGGUGAUUGCCAGUUGCCAGUACUCUUUGCUGAAGAGUGUUCAGCCAGAUUCUUCAUCACCUCGACAUGGUCAUAACCGAAUCAUAGCCUACAGCAGGCCUGUUUACUUCUGUAUAUGCUGCAGUCUCAUUUGGCUAUUGGACUACGGCAGCAAGAGCACUUUUACUGCACGGUUCCAACUAUAUGGAAUGGCUUUCACGAAUCCAAUAUUGCUGCUUUCAGCAAGGGACUUGAUUAUGGUGUUUAUACUAUGCUUCCCUAUAGUAUUCUUCAUUGGUCUUCUGCCUCAGGUGAACACUUUUGUGAUGUACCUCUGUGAACAAUUAGAUAUUCAUGUCUUUGGUGGCAAUGCCACGACGAGCCUCAUUGCAGCACUCUACAGUUUUAUCUGUAGUAUUGUGGCAGUAGCAUUAUUAUAUGGAUUGUGUUAUGGGGCCCUAAAGGAUUCUUGGGAUGGUCAACAUAUUCCAGUGCUUUUCUCAGUAUUCUGUGGUACAUUAGUGGCAAUUUCCUAUCAUCUCAGCCGACAAAGUAGUGAUCCUUCUGUCCUUUUUUCUUUAGUGCAAUCAAAGCUUUUUCCGACUUCAGAAGAUAAAAACCCAGAAGAUCCACUAUCUGAAGUCAAAGACCCCUUACCUGAAAAGCUUAGAAACUCAGUGCCUGUUUUAAGUUACGUUUUGUAUGCAUUGGUGGGAUUAAUUGGAUUUAUGACCCAUUAUGUGCUGCCUCAGCUCCGAAAACAGCUCCCAUGGCACUGUUUUUCUCAUCCAUUGCUGAAAACCAAGGAAUACUAUCAAUUUGAAGUUCGCAAUGCUGCACAUGUUAUGUGGUUUGAGAAAGUUCAUAUAUGGCUUCUUUUUGUGGAGAAGAAUAUAAUCUAUCCCUUGGUAGUCCUCAAUGAGCUCAGCAGCAGUGCAAAAACUAUUGCUAGUCCAAAGAGAUUAGAUACAGAACUUGGUGCUUUAAUGAUUACUAUAGCUGGUAUGAAGUUGCUGCGCUCAUCUUUUAGCAAUCCAACCUACCAGUAUGUCACUAUCAUUUUUACAGUGCUUUUCUUUACAUUUGAUUACAAUCGAUUCUCUGAGACCAUGCUGCUAGAUUUGUUCUUCAUGUCCAUACUCUUCAACAAGCUUUGGGAACUUUUUUACAAACUGAGGUUUGUGUACACUUAUAUUGCUCCUUGGCAAAUCACAUGGGGAUCUGCUUUCCAUGCUUUCGCCCAACCAUUUGCUGUGCCUCAUUCUGCAAUGCUGUUUGUCCAGGCAAUCGUGUCUGCCUUUUUCUCUACCCCAUUGAACCCUUUUUUGGGAAGUGCAAUAUUUAUCACUUCAUAUGUCAGACCCGUCAAGUUCUGGGAGAGAGAUUACAACACAAAACGAGUGGACCACUCAAACACAAGAUUGGCUUCUCAGCUUGACAGAAAUCCAGGUUCUGAUGACAAUAACUUGAAUUCAAUCUUCUAUGAACAUUUAACUCGCUCCCUUCAGCACAGCCUGUGUGGAGACUUACUCUUGGGGCGAUGGGGAAACUACAGUACUGGAGAUUGCUUUAUUCUUGCUUCCGACUACCUCAAUGCACUUGUACACCUUAUAGAGAUUGGCAAUGGCUUAGUCACCUUCCAACUGAGAGGGCUUGAAUUCAGAGGAACUUAUUGUCAGCAACGAGAAGUAGAAGCUAUUACUGAAGGGGUUGAAGAAGAUGAAGGGUUCUGUUGCUGCGAACCUGGUCAUAUCCCUCAUGUGUUGUCCUUUAAUGCUGCCUUUGGCCAGCGUUGGCUGGCUUGGGAAGUUCUAGUCACAAAGUAUGUCUUGGAGGGUUACAGCAUCACUGACAACAGUGCUGCUUCCAUGCUUCAGGUCUUUGAUCUAAGGAAAAUACUCACCACAUACUAUGUCAAGGGUAUCAUCUAUUAUGUAAUAUCCUCUCCCAAGCUAGAGGAAUGGUUAUCAAAUGAAACAAUGCAGGAAGGACUGCAGCAGUGUGCAGACCAAAAUUAUGUAGAUGUAGACCCUACAUUUAAUCCUAAUAUUGAUGAGGAUUAUGAUCAUCGCCUAGCAGGGAUUUCAAGAGAGAGUUUUUGUAUAAUUUAUCUCAACUGGGUAGAAUAUUGCUGCUCCCAGAGAGAAAAACCACUCAAUGCAGAUAAGGAUUCUUCUCUGGUUACCCUUUGCUACGGGCUGUCUGUUCUUGGUCGGAGGGCUCUGGGAACUGCUUCACAUCAUAUGGCUAGUAAUCUGGAAUCUUUCCUGUAUGGGCUCCAUGCCUUGUUUAAAGGAGACUUUCGUAUAUCAUCAAUGCGAGAUGAAUGGAUUUUUGCAGACAUGGAAUUACUGAGGAAAGUGGUGGUCCCUGGGAUACGGAUGUCACUAAAACUGCACCAGGAUCAUUUCACCUCUCCCGAUGAAUACGAUGAUCCUGCUGUUCUCUAUGAAGCUAUCACAACGCACGAACAAAACCUGGUUAUAGCUCAUGAAGGGGACCCUGCUUGGCGAAGUGCUGUACUUUCCAAUUCUCCCUCCCUACUUGCCCUUCGCCACGUGAUGGAUGACGGCACCAAUGAAUACAAGAUCAUCAUGCUGAACAAGCGUUAUCUAAUCUUUAGAGUCAUUAAAGUAAAUAAGGAAUGUGUCCGUGGCCUUUGGGCUGGGCAGCAGCAGGAGUUGGUCUUCUUGCGCAAUCGAAACCCAGAAAGAGGGAGCAUCCAAAAUGCAAAACAAGCUUUGAGGAACAUGAUUAACUCAUCUUGUGAUCAGCCCAUUGGAUACCCAAUUUAUGUCUCACCUCUGACAACUUCAUAUUCUGAUAGUCAUGAACAGCUAAGAGAGAUUCUUGGUGGUGCCAUCAGUCUGGGAAACAUCAAGAACUUCGUAGUAUCUACAUGGCACAGGUUAAGAAAAGGCUGUGGUGCUGGUUGCAACAGUGGAGGAAACAUUGAAGACUCGGAUGCUGGAGGUGGUGCUUCUUGCACAAGUAAUAGUGUAACUGCCAAUGAUUCUCAGAGCAGUGUAUCUCAAGGUGGUGGGAAUGCAACUGUUGGACAGGGAUCUGGAGUAGGAUUGCAUCCUCCUGUCACAUCUCAUCCAGUCACCCUAGGCACCAGCCAGAGUGCUCAUUCUGUGCAGUCAAGCCUUAUCAGACAUUCCCCUGCUCGUGCCUCAGUUGCCAGCCAGUCAACUUACUGCUACAGCAGUCGUCAUUCAUCCCUCCGGACAUCCACCACGGGCUUUGUGCCUUGCCGACGGUCUUCCACCAGCCAGCUUUCCCUUCGCAAUCUUCCCUCAUCCAUCCAGUCCCGUCUGUCCAUGGUGAACCAAAUGGAACCCGCUAACCAGACUGGCAUUGCCAACAUGCAGCAUGGCCUCCCUUCUUCAAGCAGUUCCAGUCAGAGCAUCCCAGCCUGCAAACAGCAUGCUCUUGUUGGCUUUUUAGGGACCGACGGAACGACGAAUGCCACCGAUUCACAGGCAGGCCCAAAUGUGAGCCCUGUGAGCCAGGCACAAACCAGAAGGGAUGAUGUUGUUUACAGAAUUCAGAUAAUAGAUCCUAGCCAGAUUUUGGAAGGGAUCAACUUAUCCAAAAGAAAAGAAUUGCAGUGGCCAGAUGAAAUGAUAAGGCUAAGAGCUGGAAGAAACAGCUGGAAAGACUGGAAUCCUCAGGAAGGCAUGGAAGGCCAUGUGAUUCACCGUUGGGUGCCUUGCAGCAGAGAUCCAGGGCAUAGGUCCCAUAUAGACAAAACCAUCUUGCUCGUCCAAAUUGAAGACAAAUAUGUUGCAGUGAUUGAAACUGGAGUCCUGGAACUUGGGGCUGAAGUGUGACCUUCUUGGACAAUUAAAAUCUAGUCCAUCUCCACAAUGUUUAGAAAUGAAGUAAGGAGUCUCAGAAGAAUACUCUAACAGCUUAAGUAAUAGGAAGAGGCUUGAAAAUGAAGUUAAGGGUAGGAUGUCAGUCUCCAAAACAGUUAAGGGGGUGCUUUUGAUCUUUUUCAAGUUAGCUACUGAAGAAAAUAUUGUGCAUGAAGGGUAAACAGGAUGUAUCUUUUGCUUUAUACAUUAUU